AUGUACCCACGAGACGGAAACCCCGGCUGGGAAGGCCCACAGCACUUCAAUGGCAAUCCGAGGCGUGUAGACUCUGCCUUCCCGCGCGCACAUGUUCCUCCCAACCCGCCGACAACUUUCGAACAGCACCGUUCAUAUCUUCGCGCAGGAACACAUGCAGAGGAGGGGGUGCUUGGCAACGGCGUCGCGACGAACGGCGCAAGCAAUCAUGCCCAUGCGAGGUCCGACAGCACCAACCAGGCCUGCCACCUUCCGAGCAUAUCUUCGCUCCUACGAUCGGACGCACCCGCUGGACCAGCGCCUCACAUCGCCGUACCGACGACCAGCGACCCGUUCGCACUCGGUGGCUACGGUCAAAGGCACAGCUACCCAAGUUUAGAACGAAGCCCACUCGCCAGCGUCAAGGGCAUAGGGGCGCAGGAUGAUCCUCGCCUGCGGAUAUCGACAACUAGCCGCAUGCCCUCAUUCAAUGGAGGAAACGGCGGCUUCCAAAGCGGUGCCGCCUCUCCGCGGUCGGCGCCAGCUGUGCUACUGAACAGCGCGCAACGGGCAGAACAACAUCCUGGUCAAGACAAGUCGCAGACGGGAUCUAUCUCCUACGAUACGGAUUGUACUGGAUGGAAUGACUCCGUGUCCAAUAACAGCCCGACCGAGGACAAUGGGGUUGCGCCGGCAUCCAAGAAGAGCAGGAGCAGAGCAGGGCAGCCAACGUCAACCACCGCAUCCGCCCCUCGCUUACUCGGCCAACGAGACGUGCCCGGCCAGGGGUUGUGCUACGUUUACGAAGACGGCACAUUUUGCAAGACGAUCAUCGACGGAGAGCCAGUCAACCCAUCCUGGGGUGUCACGAAAGCUGGGAAGCCUCGAAAGCGCUUGGCGCAGGCAUGUUUGACCUGUCGCGAAAAGAAGAUCAAGUGCGAGCCAAACACGCCCAAGUGCGUGCAAUGCACAAAGUCUCAGAGGAUUUGCAAAGGAGGGUCUAUCGCGCCGCAUCGUAGAGAAAAUCACUCAGCGGACGACUCGCUUGCGACUGGAAGCUGUUCGCCCUUCAAAAAGCGUUCGUGCGAGGAGCAGGAUGAGGUGCUGGAUUUAGCCGCGCUCAACUCAACUCGCCGGACAUCGUCCUUGGACCAGAGCCAUCGAAAGGAAGGGACUGCUCAGAGCUCACGUUCACAAGCGAGGCCAUCAGACUCCAGCUCCGCGAAUGCCUACAGCCACCCCUCGAGCGCUGCUCCACAGCCCGAUAUUUGGUGCGACGCUGCAAUCCAGAGCCAGGCACCGAGUCACGAGUCACGGUCAGACGAUUACUUUACCCUUGAUUGGGAGCGGGACCCAUACGAGGCCGACCCCGGUCUGGUGGACCACUUGCUAGACAUGUACUUCACGCACAUCAACGCCGCAACGUAUUGCAUGUUUCCCCGGCCUCACUUCAUCGAGUGGGCAAGGAAGGCCAAACAUAAGACGUCAGAUGAACGCAUGCUGCUCCACACCGUUCUGGCAAUGGGUUCCGUAUUCUCUCCCGACCCCAAGGUCAAACACGCUGGAAAGCAGUUCGCCGGUCUCGCCGGAACUGCCGUCGCUAAGAGGUUGGGAAAUUUCAGCUUGCAGCUCGUCCAGGCUAGGCUUGUCUUAUGCCUGUACAACUUUGCGCGCGGAAAGCUGCGAGAGGCCUGGGAUAUGUGCGGCUCAGCCCUGCGAGCCAUGAGUGCUGUGAAACUAAACUCCGAGCAUGGUGUGCGGGACUUUCCGGAUGAGGCUGAACUUGACUACGGAUUCGAUCGCGUUACGCUGGAGGAGUGCCGCCGGAGGACUUUCUGGGCCGCGUUCCUCAUGGAUAGAUACAACGGCUUUUGCGGCGGAACCUCGUGCAUGGUCGUAAUCGAAGACAUCUUCGUCCGCCUGCCCUGUCGACUAGAGCUCUACGAACAAUGCGCUCCAAACGAAACCACCCUCUUCGACAACACCCUCCUAGAGUAUCCCCCCAGCGAGUCCUGCGGCCCAAUGGCCUGCCUAUCCCUCGUCUCCGCGAUCUGGGGCGAAGUCCUCUCCCACACAACCCGCAACACGCACCUCCCGACCCCGCGCUACGAGCGCGUCUACGAAGACUUCUACGCCCUAACCAACCAGCGCCUCGCGGGCUGGCAGGCCUUCCUCCCCACGAAACUCCAGUUUACGCAGCGCAACCUCGAGGCCGCGAUGCAAGACAUCUACGCCGGGACCUUUGUCAGCCUCUACGCCAUCUACCACGCCGCGGCCAUGCGCCUGAAUCGGCACGCGCGCCCCUCGGCUCUACCGCGCCAUAAAGUCGAGCGGAACAUCAGCCACGCGAUUUUUGAUGCAGAGAACUUCCUCCAGGUCAUGGCGUGGCUCGCGCAAGCGAACCGCAAACGCGACAUCGGCCGCGACGACUUCGUCUUCUCCACCCCUUUCCCGGGCUACGUCUUCCUGCAAGCCGUGGACGUGCUCACAGCAGGUGGCCGCUUAGCCGAUCUCCCCGGCCGGCUGCAGGCGAUCCACGCGAGUCUGAAGACUCUGCACGAACUGACAAGGUUUUGGUCGAGCGCGAAGGCGCAGCUGAAGACGAUUCAGGGGCGCCUAGAUGUGUUGGCGAAGAUUGUGACGGGGGAGGAGAGGGGCGCUGUUAGGGGGGUGUACUGGAGGCUUAGGACGCCGUUUGAGAGCCUGGACGAUAGUUCUGAUGACGUGAUUUAUGGGACCAGUGACGAGGUGUUUUUUAAGGCGGUGGAGAGGCAUGCGGAGUGUGGGAGGAUCGAUGUGUGA